AUGGUGCCUGCCAAAACUGUGGCUGUUCUAGGGGGCGGGAUCACAGGUCUUUCGGCAGCAUAUACACUAGCAAGAAAUCUACCCAGAGAUUCUUUUAGGAUUGUCUUGAUAGAUGCACAGAAUCGUUUGGGUGGGUGGAUCAGCAGUUGCCGGAUACCAGUUUUUCCGAACCACCCGGAUAGUGACACAGCGCUUUUAGAGGGUGGACCUCGAAGUAUCCGUCCAGUGGGCUACAAAGGUCUUCGGACAAUUGAACUUCUCGAUCAACUAGAACUUACCGAUCGUAUGAUAUUGGUCCCUCGUACCUCAGCAUCCGCACAGAACCGUUUUCUAUAUUACAAUGGGACUCUAAACCGACUACCGUCUUCCCCUUGGUCAGCUCUCACUUCUAUUUUUCGGACUCCUUUUCUUCGUUCGGCAGCCCAAGGCGUGCUCCGAGAAUGGAGCGUACCACGGUCCGAUUCUCUCUCUGAUGUUAUGGUCGAUGAAUCUGUGCACAGUUUCAUUUCACGCCGCCUGGGCGAGAAUGUGGCGGAAACACUUGUUUCUGCUGUGAUACACGGAAUUUAUGCGGGCGAUUCUCGCGAACUUAGCGUCAAAAGUAUUAUGCCCUAUCUCGUGAAUCUUGAGCAGACUCACGGAGGCUUACUGCGAGCCUUAUUACCCAAAUCACUCAAUCAUUUAUAUGAUGCAACACCUUUAAAAUACCAGGAAGAAACAUCUCAGAAAUUGCAGGCUAUCAAGGCAAGGAUGAAUCCGCAAAGGCUAAAACAGCUCAGGGAUACCAGUAUAUAUUCUUUCCCCAAUGGCUUAGGCGAACUGAUUUCAUCUAUUGAGGAUCGACUUAUGGCCAUGCCCAACGUCGAAGUCUGGAAAGACGCUCCUUGCGAAUCUAUUCGUAGGGGCGACAAGUGGCUUAUUUCAACGCGCUUUUCUUCCGAGCCUUUGGAAUCGGAUCGACUUGUCGCUACGAUACCAUCCCAUCAACUUGCAGGCCUGUUGCCUGAAUUACCUCAUCUACGCCACAACCCUGCUGCUCAUUUGGGCGUUGUCGACGUCGUCCUUGCCCCACCUCGUGGUGAAAACUACUCCUUACCUAUCAAAGGCUUCGGAUACUUGGUGCCUCGCAACGCCGCAGAAAAUCACGAUGAAAUUCUAGGCACAGUGCUUGACAGUGAUGCUGUGCCAAACCAGGGUCCGACCCGGUCAGAUGGCUCUUCUUCAUUUUAUAAAGUUACAGUCAUGAUGGGCGGUCCUUAUUGGCGUCAUCGGUCGACGUUCCCAUCCACUGAGGAGGUGAAGGAGAGAGCAAUGCGUGCUCUUGAGUUUCAACUUGGUAUCCCCUCUCAUGUACUGGCCAGAUACACACAACUUGUUCAUGCACGCAUUCUAACAAACACCAUUCCCCAGUAUCUCGUGGGUCAUCAAUAUCGGAUGAAACAGUUACAUGAAAUGCUGCAACAGGAUCCUUGCUUGCGCAAUCAUUUGUCGCUAUUGGGAAACAGCUAUGGUGGUGUUGGCGUGAAUGACUGUAUAGCAACAGCCAUGGACACUUGCGAGGCCAUUGCUCAACACGAGCUGGGUCAACAAAACGAGCUCACAACUCAAAAAAGUACCGGUUUAUACGAAAUCGCACACAGUGUAUAA